AUGUCUAAUUCCGGUGAUAAACCAAACGCGAAUGGUGUUAACUCGGAUCCACUACAGAGAUUAGCUUCGUUUAAGGCCCCGAGAGAUCUAUCACUUGGUGGAUUAAAGCCAAAUAAAAAAAUCUUCACUCCAAACUUAAAUGUAACUAGGAAUAAAAAUAAAGGUGCUUCGUCAACAAGUAAUCGUGAUUCCAAAAAAGAUGAACGAAACAGACGGGAUCGCAAGAACGAUAAAAAUAAGAAUUUCAAAAACGGACCAAAUAUUAUAAAGUCUAGUGGAGUAUUCUCUGAAGGUCUGGGCAGUGCUGAACGGCAUCACUCCAGUCGAGUUUCCUAUGGACGUGAGGUUGAUUCUUCACACACUCUACAGAAACCUACACUGAGGGUCAAGGAUGUUAUAAAGAUAGAUAAAGAAUUGGAGGAACAGAAGAUUCAAGAGGCUUUUGGUGAAAACAAUGCUUUUGAUGAUGAAGGAGAAGACUUCAAACAGGUUUUGGAUAUCGAAGCUCCUAUCAAGUUACCUAUGGAUGAUGGAAGCAUUAAACAAUUAAAAGCCGCUGUGAAGAUCAAACAUGAGGUGACAGUGAAACAGGAGCCGAGCGAGGAUCCAUCCACGGCCGUGUUAGAACAGAAGCCGUUGGCUGAUGUGAAGGAAGUGUUUGAAGACUCGAGUGUUAUGAACUUGUUGAGGAGUGACAAACCUACACUCAUAUUGUUACAGUUAGCUGACUCUCUGCCAGGAAGAGGUGGAGCCAGUGAUGACAGAAAACAUGAACCCGGGACCUCGGAAGCUACCGAACAAGAAACUGACAACAGAUGUCACCUGAGUGACCUCGAGGAAGGAAGAAUAGGGAAGAUGAGGAUUCACAGGUCCGGCAGAGUCACCAUGGCAUUAGGAGAUACUAUAUUUGAGGUGAGUGCCGGCACCAAAGCCUCAUUCCACCAGGAGGUCGUGUCAGUGGGUGUGGACGAAGCGUCACGUUCAGCUAGCCUGGUGUCACUCGGCCCGCUUCAUCACAAACUGAACAUAACACCGCACUGGCAAUCAAUGUUCAAUAAAAUGUCCGUCUAA